AAAAUUGUUAUCGGUUUUGGUCGAGGAUCUUAUUUGGUGCGGAUGGCACUAGGCCCUUUAUAUUGUCAUGGUAAUCAGAAUACAUACAAAACAAUUCCAAUUCCCUGCGACAAAAUGGUGAUUCCUGAAGUAGAAGAAAUCUUAAUAAAGUACAAAUCCCAAGAGGAAAAAAUUGAAAAUGUUUUACACAAAAGCUGGAAAGAUGGUACAUCUGGAUCUGUAACCAACAUUGAUGGUUCGAUUUUGUCUCUGGCCGAAGCUGAAAAGCGUAAUCAGCAAAUAUUAAAAGAGUUGGAGUUUGUUAAAGGCAAUCUGAGAUCGAAAUCCAUAUUUAGUCCAACAGAGGUUCAAUGGGAAAAAUUGUGUGAGCAGUACAAGAACAAUCCGGCGCUUCCUGUUAAAACAUGGCAUUGUCAUUUACCAGUUUUUGUAUAGGAGAUUUAAUAAAAAUUUAAUGAUGUAA